CAUAAUUCACCGUACAAAAUCAAACAAGUGAACUUCAAAUUUUAAAAAACAAAACUACACCAUUAUGGAGGAUCACCAAAAGGGAAAGCAAGGGAAGGAGGACAAGGGCAAGGACGAGGUUCGGUUCCGCGGUGUUCGAAGGAGGCCGUGGGGGAAGUACGCGGCGGAGAUAAGGGAUCCAUCCAAACAAGGGACGAGAAUAUGGCUAGGGACAUUUGACACAGCUGAAGAAGCAGCAAGAGCUUAUGAUAAAGCAGCUUUUAACUUGAGGGGUCAUCUUGCAAUUUUGAACUUUCCUAGUGAGUACUAUUCCAAAAUAAGAGGGUCACCACCAUAUCCACCUCACUUAGCACCACCAUCCUACACCUCAUCUCAUCAUGCUAGUGGAAGCUCUUCUAGGCCUAUAUUUGAGUUUGAGUGUUUGGAUGAUAAAAUAUUGGAAGAACUUCUUGGGUCAGAGGAGAUGAAGAAGAAAAAGAAGGGAGAAUGAUUAGGAUUGAGUCCUUUCUAUAUUUAUUUCUUUUUAUAGCUUUAUGUUUUCUCCUUAAAUACCAAUAAGUGUAUCAUCUUUAUUAUGCUCUAAGUACACAAGCAUGUAUACAUAUAUACUACCCCUAUCUUAACUAUAGUACCUCUUGAGAUUUUUUUUUUAAGACUCA